AUCUGCGCGGGUAUCCGCGGGUAUGCCCGCACCGCACUCAUCUUUGUCUAUUGUAUAUGUUGGCCUAGCCUGUAUGCACUCGUACCGUCUGGCAACAAUGACAACGUGCCAAAAUCGCCAAACGCUAAUUCCACGCCUAUCCGUCCGCCGCAUUUAAAGUGCAUCACUGUUCCAAAUCCCAUAGCGAAGCCCAUAGCGAUUCCCGAACUACUGUCCCUGUGCUUUUCUAGAUUUGCGGAUGUGAAGGUCUCUAGUGUAGUGGUAGGUCGUGUAACCGUGUUACCAAAACCGUGACUGAAGUCGUCGAACCACCGGUAAAUCUACAUCUACCCGGUACAGCCCAAAUGGCGCAGGAUGUUUGGCGAAAAGUGCUCUAUGAAAAGCAAGGUGUUCCGGACAAUUUUGUGAACAGGUCAUUUCUGCGAGAGCUGCGUAAAAAUGUGAAUGUCACCCACUUUACCUUGAAGCAGGCACUGUAUGCAGCUACGUUUGUAGUGCAGCAGAUAAGCAGGGCAGUUCUAUUUGUAGUGCUGUUUGAGAACCUACAUUCUGGUUUCGUCUCUCCAUGGACGCUGUUUUGCUCGAUAGCAGGCCUUGUCCUCUUGGGCUACCUUCUCAGUGUACUGGGACAAUGUGGACUCCCCACACAUGUCUUUCGUGACAUACUCAAGUGUGGAGUCUUCACGCUGUGUCUGGCACCUGUCAUGAGGACCUUGACUGAGACCAUCAGUACGGAUACAAUACGUUUUUUGGUGCUCAUAAUGCUGUUCCUGCAUCUCCUGUGCCAUGACUACUGCCAGGAAGACGUUGAAAGUCAGAGCGCUGGGAACAAGGCAGAUUUUGGUGAAGAGCCACCAGUAGAUGUGUGGUCAACAGUGUCCCUGAGCGCAGCCCUAAGUGCAUCUGUCUGCCUGGCAUCACGUCUUGAGGGAUUCCUGCAUGUGGCUGCACUAUCCACUUUGGCAGUAGUCACUUUCUUGCUGGUUCCUAUUUUUGCAUCCUGGCUACAGGUGAUGAAUUUACAUAUUAUGGCCACCUUCGCACAAGUGGCACUGUCCCUGGUUAUGCUGGCCCAGAUUAGUCCUGUGUCUGCUGUGCUCUUUGCAUCUCUGCUUGUCUGUGUUGGAGUCUUGCUGCCUGCACACUUUGUCCACUGUCAGAAGUACAAGAAUUCUGCAAGAAAAUUUGCUUCGCUGGAAAAAAUCCUCGGGCAGCUCUUAUGCAGCUCAUGCUGCUUUUCACUUCCCAUUCAUCGGAGAAACGAUUUCACCAAGGUCUUGUACGGCACCAGUUUCCUCCCCAGGUUCUACUGUAGUCACUAUAUGAGUGGAGCUUAUAUAGUGAAUACCUUUACUCCUUCUUUAAUACUCCUGCCACGUGGACAGAGAAAAAUGAGAUCGUGUAAUGUCAGUUGGGUCUUGAAUGCCAUUUCUUACGAUGGUCGUGCUAGAGCACUGCACGGGCCGACUUUUCCGGGCCCGACCCGGCCCGGGCGCAUCGAAAAAUGGCCCGACCCGACCCGGGCCCGGACCUUCAUAUUUUUAUGCGGCCCGGCCCGGCCCGGUGACCCAGUGACUAGAGCCCGGCCCGGCCCGGCGUCUAAGCAAAUAGAGCCCGGCCCGGCCCGGUGACCCGGCGAGUAGAUCCCGGCCUAGUAUUUCCAGCCGCGACGUACGCGUUUCUGGCGAUUAUCAAACAAAUUUAUAAGUAAAUUUAUAAGGAGAGAAGACAAACAUACAAGUGAUGGCGGUUUAACACCGUAACCGCACGAGACCAAAUUAAAUCCAGAACGCACGGGGCGUUAUCGUUACACUGUCAAGAUUUUGCGGAGAUAGAGCAUGCUGUCGACAAACUGCUUCUCCCAGUCCCUAUCCCUCUCACCAAGCUUUGCCAGAGUGAUUGUGAAAUAUGUGAGGAGUGAGGAGCAAUGUAAAGUGGCUUGGAGAAUGUUCUAGACGGUCGAAUCAUAUGCAUAAUGCAGUACCCUUUGCUUGUCUUUGCAAAAUAUGCACAGGAAUGACGCAAGCGCAUGAUGAUAUGAACUAAUGCAUCUCCAAUGUGUGGAAUUAGCUGCGUGGCCCGGCCGGGCCUGACUCUUGGGAACAUAUUUGUCGGCCCGGGCCCGGCCCGCGGUGGUGGCGUAUUUUAACGGCCCGGGCCCGGCCCGGCCCGUGGUGCUGGCGUAUUUUGUCGGCCCGGGCUCGGCCCAGCCCGGAGCACACAGCCAAUAACAAGCCCAGCCCGGCCCGCGGGUCGGGCCCGGGUCGGGGGCCCGGGCCCGUGCAGUGCUCUAGGUCGUGCUACACAUCGGGUUUGAAUUACCUUAAAUGCGAUGAUGUCGAUGCGAGUCACCCAUUAACCACGUAAGACAUGCGGUACUUGAACAGCGUGAACAUGUUCAAAGAGAUCGAAAAUACCCGUAGUAUUCCACAAAAAGUUAAAAUUUGCUUUAUAUCAUAAUUGAUGGUCUACUAUGUUUGAAAGCUGUUGUCAUUUUGCCUGUCAGGUGGUAGUCUAUGCCAAAAUGCAAAAAGCAAAAAUGCAAAAAAGAAAUUGUUAACAGCGCCAUCCAUUUUGCCAAAAAAUAAUACUUGUUUUUGUGUAAUUUAUAAAACAAUCGCGCAGUGUGCAGUACAGAGUGGCUUUAUGGAAGUUUUAAAUUGCUCUUGUGCUCAGACAAUGGGGGCGAAGACAUGAGUUGUGAUGGUCUCAUUUCGUGGAAACUGUCAUUCAGACAAGGCACUUAUCUGAAUGACAAUGUCUGGGAUAUUUAAUGGCAGAUUAAAUAUCUCCGUAUAGCAUGGCACGAAUGUCAUUUUUUGCCCCUGUUUGGCAGAGGUAUAAGAGACAAAGUGUUUUGGCAUAAACAAUCCCAUGGACUGCAGCAGUGCGUGGGGGAGCAUUCACAAUUUCUCCUGAUUUUCUCAGAGCAUCGAUGGACAGUUGAACAUUUUCAAGUCCCCAAGGAGAAGUGUUGCUCCAUGUUGCUUCUUUGGUAAUGAGGUUUGUACUUGGUACAAACAUCUGCACCCAGUGGGCAAGAUACAUCCCUGUUACGUACGCAGGAUAUCCUGAUUUGGAUGUUAGGAUAUCCUGGGGACCAAGCUAGAGGCCCCAUUUACAUCCACAGGACAUCCAGGAGAUCAGGAUUUCGGCACUGAAUACAUGUCGCCGGGACAUCCCUGUGACAUAAGUUUUUGGAUAUAUGACGAAUAUGGCAGGUUGUUCAGCUGCCUUUUAAUCAACCAUUAAAUACAUUACUGGACCACACAUACAGCUGCCACUGUCCAAAUUUUGCUGGCUAGUUCCAUCUCAAAUCGAACAAUCCAGUACACUUGAUGUCUCG